AAAAAAGCGAGCGCAACAAAGCUUGUUGGUGGCCCGCUGAUGCCCUCUAUAUUUAUGCAAGCAGUUUGUGUCCGCUCUGCUUUCUCCUUAACCAUUCAUCCACCAGCGCCACCGCCACAGCCUCCGAUGAGCACUUCCUUAUCUGUAGUCACUAUGUCAACGCAUGACCCUGAACAUACACACUCCGGCGGAGGCCUUGUUAACUCUGCCGGACCUCAUCUCACUCAUUGCCCGUCGCAGGCUUCUUCGGUGUUUCCUAUCACUCUGAAGUUUGAGGAGGUGGUGUACAAGGUGAAGGUAGGCGGAGAGGGAGGAUGGUGGCGGGGAGGGGUGGCGGCGAAGGAGAAGACGAUACUGGAAGGGAUCACCGGCGUGGUGUGCCCUGGGGAGGUGCUGGCCAUGCUCGGCCCUUCGGGCAGCGGAAAGACCACCCUGCUCACCGCCCUCGGGGGAAGACUCGGAGGCAGACUCUCCGGCAAGGUUACCUACAACGGCCUCCCCUACUCCGGAGCCGUCAAGCGCCGCACCGGGUUCGUGGCGCAGGACGACGUGUUGUACCCGCACCUGACCGUGACGGAGACGCUCACCUUCACGGCCCUGCUUCGGCUGCCGGGCGCACUCUCGCGGGCCGAGAAGGCCCGCCAAGCCCAGCAGGUGAUCGCCGACAUGGGCCUCGGCCGAGUGGCCCACAGCGUGAUCGGCGGCGCCCGCGGCGUGCGUGGCAUCUCCGGCGGCGAGCGCAGGCGGGUCAGCAUUGGGCUGGAGCUGCUGGUGGACCCCAGCUUGCUGCUGCUCGACGAGCCUACCUCCGGCCUCGACUCCACCGCUGCCACCCGCAUCGUGGCCAUCCUCCGCCGCCUCGCCGACGAGAAAGGCCGCACCGUCGUCACCACCAUCCACCAGCCCUCCAGCCGCCUGUUCCGCAUGUUCGACAAGCUAGUUCUCCUCGCCGAGGGCAGCGCGAUCUACUACGGCCGGGCCUCCGCCACCGUCGACUACUUCGCCUCCGUCGGAUUCGCCUCCCCGGCCGAGGGCGUGAACCCAGCCGACCUGCUACUGGAUCUCGCCAACGGGAUUGCGCCGGAGUCUAAGUGCGCGAGCGAGACCGGCGACGCCGGCGGCGCGCAGCGGGAGCAGAAAGCAGUGAGGGAAACGCUGGUGAAGGCGUACGAGCGCAACAUCGCUACCCGGUUGAAGGCGGAGCUCUACGCCGUGGAAUCCAACAACUACGGCUACACGAGACAGAUGGCCAACGCCGCCAUGAAGCGAGAACAAUGGUGUACGAGCUGGUGGGAGCAGUUCACGGUGCUAUUGAUACGGAGCCUCAAGGAGAGAAGGCAUGAGGCUUUCAACAAGCUAAGGAUCUUCCAGGUCCUCAGCGUCGCUACGCUUGGAGGUUUGCUCUGGUGGCGCACUCCUCCAUCUCACAUCCAAGACAGGACGGCGCUGAUCUUCUUCUUCUCGGUGUUUUGGGGCUUCUUCCCUCUCUACAACGCGGUGUUUACCUUCCCGCAGGAGCGGCCGAUGCUGCGCAAGGAGCAAGCCGCCGGCAUGUACCGCCUCUCCUCCUAUUUCUUCGCGCGGACGGCCGGUGACCUCCCGAUGGAGCUCGCCCUCCCCACGGCCUUCACCAUCAUCCUCUAUUGGAUGGGCGGGCUGUCCCCGAGCCCCGCUGCCUUCCUCCUCUCCCUCCUCGUGCUCCUCCUCAGCGUGCUGGUGGCCCAGAGCCUCGGCCUCGCUUUCGGCGCCCUCCUCAUGGAGAUCAAGCAGGCCACCACUCUCGCCUCCGUCACCACCCUCGUCUUCCUCAUGGCCGGCGGUUACUACGUCCAGCACAUUCCCCCCUUCAUCGUCUGGCUCAAGUAUUUAAGCUACAGCUUCUACUGCUACAAGCUUCUCCUCGGUAUCCAGUUCUCCGACGGCGAGACGUACGAGUGCGGCCCCGGCGGCGUCACCUGCCCUGUCGCGGAGUUCCCAGGCAUCAAGGCAGUCGGCCUUGGCCGCGCCUGGGCCGACGUCGCCGCCAUGGCCUCCAUGAUCGUCGUGUACCGCGUCGUCGCCUACCUCGCCCUGCAACACCCCCAACGCCGGUGAGAGGAAACAGAGGAGAAUAAUCAAGCAACGACAAAUGAAUGAAGUCUCUUUUCUCUGUAAUUUUCCAACAUUGCGGAUUGGCAUAACAAGGAUUAACAACAGAUAUAUGGAUUAUUACGAGCUCCCGGAAAAUACAAAUUACAAAAUAAAGGGAAGGAUUGAUCAUGCCUUCGAGGAACACUGCAAGUUUAAAAUGUCAUGUUUUCCCCUAGUUAAAUUUCCAAAAGAGCGCAAAAUCUAUUCAGCAAAAACUUGAGAUAGUGAUUCUCAUCACGUCUGAAAGCUGGGAAAUGGC